AUGGGUGUGCCGGAAGCUCCGCGCAAGGUUCCGGCCUCCGGAUUCAGGACCAUCGUCACCUGCUUCACCCUCGUCUCGCUCUUCAUCUUCGGGGCCUAUGCACUAGGCACGCCCGCCGAUAGCCAUGACCGACGCGCCUACACUUUUGCCCAGCAGCACUUUGGCCACCGCGCGAGCUCGUCCUCGUCCUCAGCCUCGUCGGCGCGCGGCGACAAGUACCUGAUCGGCGUGGGCAAGGCCGACAUUACCGGCCCCGUCGUCGAGAUCAACUUUGCCGGUUAUGCCAACCUGGACCAAAAGGGCACCGGCCUGCGCCAGCGUCUCUUUAGUCGUGCCUUCAUCAUCGGUGACAAGAGCAACCCUAACGACCGCUUUGUCUACAUUGUCAUUGACGCCCAGUCUGGCGACACCGCCGUGCGCUACGGCGUCCUGGACGGCGUUGCUGCGCUCGGCAGCGAGUACUCCCUCUAUGGCCAGCAAAACAUCGCUUUGACGGGGACGCAUAGCCAUUCGGGCCCCGGUGCAUGGUUCAACUAUCUACUGCCCCAGGUUACCUCUUUCGGCUAUGACAAGCAGAGCUACCAGGCCAUUGUUGAUGGUGUUGUUCUCUCCAUCAAGCGUGCUCACGAAAGCUUGCAAGAGGGCUACAUUGAUGUUGGCACGACCAAGGUCCCCGAUGGCGCCAUUAACCGCUCUCGAUGGGCGUAUCUGCACAACCCCGAAGAGGAGCGUACCAGAUAUGACGCCGAGACUGAUACUACUCUCACCCUCAUCCGCUUCCAGAGAGCUUCUGACAGCAAGAACAUUGGUGUUCUCUCUUGGUACCCCGUUCACGGCACCUCCAUGCUCGGCAACAACACCCAUGCUUCGGGUGACAACAAGGGUGUCGCCGCUUGGAUGCUCGAGGAGGACAUGAAUAACGACAAGAACACUGCCGAAGGCUUUGUCGCUGGAUUCAGCCAAGCCAACGUUGGAGACACAACUCCCAAUGUCGGAGGCGCAUGGUGCGAUGAUGGCUCUGGCCAGCAGUGCAGCCUGGAAAACAGCACCUGUGCCGAUGGAAAGUCCCAGUCUUGCCACGGCCGCGGCCCAUUCUUCGAGGCCCUGGAUCUCGGUGUCAAGAGCUGCUUCGAGAUGGGUCGCCGCCAGUACGCUGGUGCCAAGUCCAUCCUUGACUCUCUCGAUUCUUCCGGUACUGCCGUCUCUGGAACAACGGUCAAGUCCUUCCAUUUUUACAACGACAUGCGUUACUUCAACUUCACCCUGCCCAACGGCCAACAGGCCCAGACGUGCCCCGCCGCCCUCGGCUACUCCUUUGCCGCCGGCACCUCGGACUGGCCUGGCGCCUUUGACUUCACGCAGGGCGACUCUGGCAAGCCCAGCGCCAGCCCUGUCUGGCAGGUCGUCUCCGGCCUCCUCCGGGAGCCCAACGAGCAGCAGAAGAAGUGCCAGGAGCCCAAGCCGAUCCUCCUCGACGUCGGCGAAAUCGACACCCCGUACGCGUGGACGCCCAACCUGGUGGACGUGCAGAUGCUGCGUGUUGGGCAGCUCGUCAUGAUUAUCAGCCCCAGCGAGGCCACGACCAUGAGCGGCCGCCGCUGGCGCGAAGCCGUUGCCAAGGAGGCCACAUCCUUUGUCAAGGACCCCGUCGUCGUCCUCGGCGGCCCGGCCAACAGCUACUCGCACUACCUUGCGACGCCCGAGGAGUACGACGUGCAGCGCUACGAGGGCGCCUCGACGCUCUUUGGUCGCCAUGAGCUCGACGCCUACAUCAACCUGACCCUCAGCAACAUGCACUACCUGCACCCCGACGCCACCGACCACCCGGCCCAGGGGACCCUCGCCCCCGACAACCGCGGCAAGAUGCUCUCCUUCAUCACCGGCGUCGUCGCCGACGGCAACCCCCCCGGCAAGGGCUUCGGCACCACGCUCAAGCAGCCGCCCACGGCGGCCAAGGUCGGCGCCGUCGUCAACGCCACCUUUCAGGGCGCAAAUCCGCGCAACAACCUGCGCCAGGAGGACACGUUUGUCGCCGUCGAGACGCAGGGCAGUGACGGCAAGUGGUCCCGCUACAAGGACGACAACGACUGGUUCGUCGUGUACUCGUGGCGCCGCACAAACUUCGUGCUGGGAUACAGCGAGGUCGAUGUGUCGUGGGAGACACAAAUGGGCCACGCGCAGCCGGGCACGUACCGCUUCAAGUACUACGGUGACGCGAAGCCCCUCAUUGGCAAGAUCAAACAGUUUGAGGGCACGAGCAACUCUUUUACGCUGUCGUGA